GUCGAGUUCGUGAACCUCGUCGCCAUGGCUCUCACACUCCAUGAUGGUGGCGGGCGGCAAACGGUAUCAAAAAGUGCAAACCCACUUAUUGCCGAUGACAGGCGGGUUCUUGUUCCUGAUCUCGUUGCUGGGGCUGACGCUACAUUGCGCAGAAACUAUUUCGUGGUUCCCAUCUAUUGGACCGCGAUGUUCUUCCUCAUCGUGGGACUCAUCAUCUUCAUGGACUUUACCACAUUCGUUAUUCUGGUUACAAAAGAUGCCGCUAGAAAGGAGUUUUCCACAAAAGGGUGUUCGUAGCACAGGACCGUUGAUUACAGCAGUUAGUUGAAGAACCAUUUUGGCAAUGGGAAGAAGAAGAAUCUAUUUUGGAGUUUGCUUGAUGGACUGAGGACACCCAUAUCUGUUACCGCGAUACAGAUUUUAUCAUCGAAGUUGAUUUUUUUGUAUUCCUAUCAUUUUGAACAGUGUUUGGUGUGUCUUUUCUUGAAUAUCCAUCUUUUGCUGCAAAUAUGCAAGAGUUUAAAUGCUCCGGUUAUGCUAGUUAUUCCGGCAAAGAUAAGAAAAAGAAAAAGAAAAAGAAAACUGCGGGCUUCAUGUAUCUUGUGAGACAGAGCUCUUGUACUGCUGGCUAAUGCACAGGGUAAAAGAAAUUAAUUUUAUAAAA